CAGACCUCACCCGCACCUUAGUCUGCUCUGAACCUUUCUACCGGACCGCAGUGGAUGGAUCAACAACACAAGAUGUGAAAAGAAGGAGGCUUUUUCUUCUUUAUUAUUUUUGGCAGGCUGCAAGAGUGUUUGAUCACGGGAGCUUCGCGCACAGAGAGGGAUCAGCUGCCUCGCUUUUUCUCUCUGCUGCUCUUCCCUCUACGGGGAAGUGGGAUGCGGGUUACGCAGCAUCACCGGUGCCGUCGUUGCAAUCAACCUCACAGAUACACCUUCCACUUCUUAAGGGCUAUCAGAUUGUGGGCCCGUGGAACAAUAAAAACUCUUUAACCGGUGACGAAAAAGGGGGCUCAUUUCUACUGGUGAUAAAGAGAAGAGGGAUAUUUUUCAAACUCCUUCGGAUGUGAUUCCCCCGCCACCCGCUCUCUUCCCCCCCUUUAACCCCGUCGCUCUUAUUUUCUGCCUCUGUCCCGUGAAAGCGGGAAAAGAUCUGAUCACCCCCCCCACACACACACACACACACACACCCAUCCCCCCCAAAAAAGAGAUUUCCCCGGACCGCUGUUGAUCUUAUCGCUAUCGCAUUUAAUCUGUCCAUUUCUCUGUCCUGAGAGUGUCGGUGGUGGAGGGGAGCCGCGGGAGAUCCAGAGACCUGAGGAGGGGAAAUUGAGUUACUCUGCAAUUACAGGCUUUUCUUGCAAUUCAGCCUGAGUUCUGCGGACCGAAGCGCACCAACCCCGCACCAAAGUGAGAGGGAAAUUGAUUUUUAAGCCAAGCAAAGAGGCAGCAAAGGGUCACGGGGGGGUUGUGGUCUAUCUCCAGCGGUCACUGGGCCUGAGGCGGGUACACCUUGUAGCGGGAUCCUGCGAUCAGCACCUCACCUCAAAGGAACCAGACUGUGUGUACAUAUACACACACCUCUGCAGGUGCUGGCUCGCACCGUAUGUGUACGUGAGAUGACGAGAAGCUAAGUGACUACCACAACCACCUAGAUCAGACAGCCCUCUGUGCUGCAAGAUGGAUUAAAGCCCCACAUCUCAGGAGAUCAAAGGUGGCUGUGACAGGGGCACACCCGGGGCAGGACCCAUGAGGAGUCAUAGAAGAUGCUCACAGCCUGGGCGCUUCUGCUCUUCUUAGCCAUGUGGGUGAGAAGCACCUCUGGUGGCCCGCUCUCCUUCAGAAUAGCUGCCAUUCUCGAUGAUCCUAUGGAGUGCAGCAGGGGAGAGCGUUUAGCCAUCACACUGGCCAAAAAUAACAUCAACAGGAGCAGCAACCGCUCUACAACGGGCAAGCUGGAGGUGGACAUCUUUGAAUUGCUGAGAGACAGUGAAUAUGAGAUGGGGGAGACAAUGUGCCAGAUAAUGUCUAAAGGGGUUGUGGCAGUCCUCGGCCCAUCUGCCAGUCCAGCUUCAAACUCCAUCAUCAGCAAUAUAUGUGGAGAGAAAGAGGUACCGUACGUAAAAGUGGCUCCAGAGGACAUCCUGAAGGUGCAGUUUCCCCGCUUCACAACUCUGGACUUGAGACCAACGAAUACCGACAUCAGUUUGGCCGUGGCCGGCCUUCUUACGUUCUUUAACAGUACCGCCUCCUGCCUCAUCUGUGCCCAGGCUGACUGCUUGUUGAACUUGGAGCAGCUGCUCAGACAGUUCCUAAUCUCCAAGGAAACCCUGUCAGUGCGCAUGUUGGAUGAUAGCCAGGACCCGACCCCCCUCCUGAAAGAGAUCCGUGAUGACAAGACGGCCACCAUCAUAGUGGACGCCAAUGCCACCAUGUCACAUAUCAUUUUAGAACGGGCAUCAGAGUUGGGGAUGUUGUCCGUCUACUACACUUACAUCUUCACCUCCCUGGAAUUCACUUUGCUACGACUGGACGAUGUGGCUGACCAGCGGGUCAACAUUGUCGGGUUUUCAGUCUUCAAUAAAACGCAUCCCUUCUUCCAGGAAUUCGUGCUAAGCCUCAAUCGCUCCUGGCAGGAGAAUUGUGACCAUGCACCCUUUGCCGGCACUCCGCUCUCGUCAGCCCUGCUCUUUGAUGCGGUAUACGCAGUGGUUGCAGCGGUCCAGGAGUUGAACCGUAGCCAGAACGUCGGCGCUACUCAGCUCUCCUGCAAGUCAUCCAAAAUCUGGGAGCACGGCACAAGCCUCAUGAAUUACCUUAGGAUGGUAGAAUUGGAAGGCCUAACAGGACACAUCGAGUUCAACAGCAAAGGUCAGAGGUCCAACUACGCCCUGCGGAUCAUGCAGAACAGCAAGGAAGGCCUAAGGCAGAUCGGCCUGUGGCACUCUGAAGAUGGACUGUCCAUGGAGAGAACUCUUCCAUCAAUCAACGUGACAGACACCCUCUUCAACACAACUCUUACAAUCACAACAAUACUGGAGAAUCCAUACGUAAUGCUACGGCCAAACCACCAAGAACUGGAGGGGAAUGACCGCUACGAAGGCUUCUGCGUGGACAUGCUGAAGGAGCUGGCAGACGUCCUCAAGUUUAAGUAUCGCAUCCGGCUGGUCGGGGACGGCGUCUACGGCGUUCCUGGAGCCAAUGGAUCAUGGACUGGAAUGGUUGGAGAGCUCAUCUCCAGGAAAGCUGACCUGGCAGUGGCCGGACUCACCAUCACAGCGGAGCGCGAGAAGGUGAUCGACUUCUCCAAGCCUUUCAUGACCCUGGGAAUCAGCAUCAUGUACCGUGUCCACCUGGGACGUCGGCCGGGCUACUUCUCCUUCCUGGAUCCCUUCUCUCCUGGCGUCUGGCUCUUCAUGCUUCUGGCCUAUUUGGCCGUCAGCUGCGUCCUCUUUCUAGUGGCCAGACUGACGCCGUAUGAAUGGUACAACCCCCAUCCCUGUCUGAAGGGACGCUGCAACUUGUUGAUCAACCAGUACUCACUCGGCAACAGCUUCUGGUUCCCUGUUGGAGGAUUCAUGCAGCAGGGAUCCACCAUUGCUCCCAGAGCAUUGUCAACACGUUGCGUCAGCGGAGUGUGGUGGGCCUUUACAUUAAUCAUCAUCUCCUCGUACACCGCCAACUUGGCCGCCUUCCUGACUGUUCAAAGGAUGGAGGUGCCAAUAGAGUCAGUGGACGACCUGGCGGAUCAGACAGCGAUAGAGUACGGCACCAUGCACGGGGGAUCCACUAUGACUUUCUUUAUGAACUCUCGCUACCAGACCUACCAACGCAUGUGGAACUUCAUGAACUCCAAGCAGCCCAGCGUGUUCGUGAAGAGCACUGAGGAGGGCAUCGCUCGGGUCCUGAACUCCAACUACGCCUACUUGCUGGAGAGCACCAUGAAUGAGUACUACCGCCAGAGGAACUGCAACCUGACUCAAAUUGGAGGGCUGCUCGACACCAAGGGCUACGGCAUCGGCAUGCCACUGGGGUCAGUGUACCGCGAUGAGUUUGACCUCGCCAUCCUCAAACUUCAGGAGGACAAUCGUCUGGAGAUUCUCAAGAGGUUUUGGUGGGAGGGUGGCAAGUGUCCAAAGGAGGAGGACCACCGGGCCAAAGGUCUGGGUAUGGAGAACAUCGGCGGGAUCUUCGUGGUGCUGGUGUGCGGCCUGCUGGUGGCCAUCUUCAUGGCUGUGCUGGAGUUUGUUUGGAUGUUAAAACAGGCCCCAGGAAACGAGCAGUCAGUGUGUGAGGAGAUGCUGCGGGAGCUGCACGGGAUCGUGUUGUGUCGGGACAGCCUGCAGGUGAGGCGCCGGCGGGCGACGUCUAUGAUGCGGCCGCGACCUUUGCCCCUGGAGGAACGUCGAGCGCGAGCCGCCGCCGUCAGCCUCAGCAAUGGCAAACUGUGCGCAGGUACCGGCCUGCCCGAGCCGCUCUCCCACAGACUGGCGCAGGAGGCCGCCCUGGUGGCGAGGGGCUGCAGCCACAUCCGGAUUUGCCCCGAGUGCAGACGCUUCCAGGGACUCAGGAUGCGUCCCGCCGGGGCCGGCGAGGCCCUUCCCUCUCCCACGCACAGCGAGGAGAGCAUGGAGUGGGACAAAACCACAAAUAGCAGUGAACCUGAAUAACACUAGGAAAACCCAGUAAGACCUGACUUUUCCAACGUACACCUCUCUCUCUUUUUUCCAGGGAUCAAAAACCAUUGUGGUAUUUUUAUCCAGCCAUUCUGAGCUUGUUCUUGAAAAGCAGGACAUUGCUGCAGACUUUGUUUUGCCCUUGAAGCAACCACCUAAAGUCAGAUUUUGAAAUGUUUUUGGAUGAUUUUUGUUUUCCUUGGUCAGAGGAAAAAGAACUGAUGAGCGUGUCUCAUUGUCUCAUUGCGGUCUGUCCCUGGAGGCCCUUUGUGCCCUGAGAAGCAGGACAGACAAAAACAGCUAUGGGGCAUUUGUACUAUGCAGUAUUUCCAGUCAUUUAUCAAUGUGCGGUUCAUUUUUUCUUUUUAUAUUUCUGUCCUCUGUUUGAUUAUUAUAACCAAAUAUUGUUAUUCUAUUCUUAAAAAAAAAAUAAAUAAACCACUUGUUUUUUUAGUCUGACAGUUACCUGUAUGAAGAUGUACCGCAUCCAAUGUGCUGGAGUAGGAGGUUAAAGCAAAGUCAUCCUUUAAACCUUUUUAUUUUAAAAGUGCCAAAAACCACGAGUGUUUCCUUCUGGCUAAAUGAAGCACCAGAGCCUUCAGGAAGCAAACGAAUUCAGCCGAACCAAGAAAAUAAACAUGCAGACGCACAUCAGCUUGUUUUGUAGUGACACCAUUCUAUAAAAUAGAAUAAAAUAACUGCUGAUGUCCCUGAAAGACGGCGACGCACAGCGCUGGUGGGUGGGCAAAUCAAUCACAUUCACAUUCUGAUCAAAAUAUAAGGUGGUGACUGAGUUUCAGCAUUUUCUAGAAAGAUGCCCGUUUACUUCCGUCUUUCUUAAGCUGCUAACACGCUCUUUCUUGUCUCGCCACAUAGAGCGGCGUCUUUACAAGUGCUGUUUUUGCAGAGCUACAAACAUGAAGAAAGAUUUUGCUUCCCUGCUGCGUUGGAGGGUGUUUUUCUAUACUGUGCAGUAAAAAGGAAUCUGCAUUUUA